UUGGGGAUCCAAUCCAAACCAAUCGGUCUCUUUAAUCCUGAGAANUCGGCUACACAUUUUCCUGACGGGGACUACCUAGGUAGAUGAAAACUAAAGAGGUACCUACUAUCCGUCGUAUACUGGUCAAACAACAACAUCGGCACCGUUCUAUCCCGAACUGACCACAUUCUCCGUACCACGUGCUGGUGAAUUCACCACCACCGAGCAGAAGGAUCAAACCUCUUGCAUAAAAAUCGAAAAAGAAGUGGAUCGUCGAAAGGCGGCUACAAUGCGUGAAAGACGGCGACUACGUAAAGUGAAUGAGGCAUUCGAAAUCGUUAAGCAACGAACGUGCCCGAAUCCAAACCAACGACUACCAAAGGUCAGUGAAGCACUUUUUUCUGGUUUUUCGGAAUUAACAAAUAGUUGAGAUCUUGCGUUCCGCAAUCGAUUAUAUCACUAAAUUGGAGACAAUGCUACAUGCUGAAGGGAAAAUGACAAAAAUCAUGGCCCAAAACCAGAUGGCAAUGCAUGGUCACAGCGGAGAAUACCUGCCUUCAACAUCGGCCACGUUUCCGGCGUCAUUCGACGGCUUUGACGACGAUGACGUAUCGGAUUCAGAUGACGUUGACAGCCCACAGCCUACCGCGGAAGGUCGGAAGCGAACUUCAUUGGAUCGACUGUCACGAAUAGUGGCAAACAUUGCGGGCGAGGAAGGGGCACCCGUGGUGGCCGUACCACAAGAGCCUCACGUAAAUGAACAACCGACACAGCAGCAACAACAGCAACAGCAGCAGUCACAACAGCCACAACAACCGACAGAAGUGGCUUCAGAGCCCGAUAAAAAACUCGCUGUCUUGCUGUGA